GGGAGCGUGCGCGCGGCCCGCCCCGGGCGCGAGCGGAGGGAAAGAGGAGGGGCGCGCGCGGCGUUGAGCCCGCAGAAGCCGGGAGCCGUGCAGGAGAGAGGAACCUCAUCCGCGAGCCGGGAGGUGCCGAUCUGAUUUGUAGCUGCUAUAACCACCACUGCUCACUCAGGACUUUUCUGGAUCCAGACUGAGGCCUCUAGAGUACAUCGAACUUUCCGCAGCAAGAAGGAGAUUGUGAUUUCUGAUUUCUUGGUGGAAGGAAAAAAAAAACAGUCUGGUCUUGCUUCCAAUGAUGCAAGUGUGAUUGCUGGCAUCUUAAUGAGCUCCAGAGGUCACAGCACACUCCCACGAACUCUCAUGGCCCCUCGGAUGAUUUCUGAGGUAGACAUAGGAGGCAUCGCUCAAAUCACCUCCUCUCUCUUCCUGGGCAGAGGCAGUGUGGCCUCCAACCGUCACCUUCUCCAGGCUCGUGGGAUCACCUGCAUCGUUAAUGCUACCAUUGAGAUCCCCAAUUUCAACUGGCCCCAAUUUGAAUAUGUUAAAGUGCCUCUGGCUGACAUGCCUCAUGCCCCGAUUGGACUGUACUUUGACACUGUGGCCGACAAGAUACACAGUGUGAGCAGGAAGCAUGGGGCCACCUUGGUGCACUGUGCCGCGGGGGUGAGCCGCUCGGCCACUCUCUGCAUCGCUUACCUGAUGAAAUACCACAACGUUUGCCUGCUGGAGGCGUACAACUGGGUGAAAGCCCGGAGGCCUGUCAUCAGGCCCAACGUAGGCUUCUGGAGGCAGCUGAUAGACUACGAGCGCCAGCUCUUUGGGAAGUCAACAGUUAAAAUGGUACAGACACCUUACGGCAUACUUCCAGAUGUUUAUGAGAAAGAGUCCCGACACCUGAUGCCUUACUGGGGGAUUUAAUGCCACCAAAGCCUGCAUCAGCAGCCCCUUGAGCAGUACCAGCAUCUGCUACACACCGUCUGCUCCCCUCUUCACCUUUCUUUUCAUAUGGUUGACACUUGGUUCUCCCUGAAGUGUUUUUUACACUGGGUGUUCAAGUUUCUUUUAAGAGACAGGGAGGGAGGGGUGGGACAUAAGGGGAACGCAUACAUUGCUAGUAACAUUUUUAAAGCUAACGUUUUGAAAUAGUGUUUACGAGAAUCUUUAACUGGCUUUUAGUCAUUUUUAACAAUUUGAACAGUUUAAUAAACUGUUCGGUUCUGCUUUAUUCUGAAUCCCCAUUGCCUUUUGGCGCCAUUGCAGGUGCAGGAGCUCAGUGCAAAAAUCACUUUGGGUCUUUUAGAGACGAACUCUCUCCAAGGCCACCAACCAAACAGAUGCUUAGGGAAGACUGAUACCAGCUUCAGUCUCUACUGGAUUAGCCCUACUCUUUUCUUUUCCCUCUAUUAUUUAGUGACUCUGUAAGUUAAAAUAAAUAAAACUUGAUUAUUUAGCUGUUAAGUAAUUAUAAUGAAAUCUGCUGCAAAGACCCUCUUGGAAUCAGUGUGCCCCAGGAUUAUAUUAGCAUUAUUUUUAAUAAAUAUAUCUGCUUAACAUAUUAGAAGUUUCACUAGUAUAAAUUAACUUCAGGGUGUAUGUAUGUGUGUCUUGAUGGUGGAAGAAAGAUGCUUUCCAACAACUCUGUAAGAAUAUUGGGACAUAUGAACACUACUUAAAAUGGAUAUCCCAGCUGAAUCAUGUCCACCUUAAAUAUCCUUGCAAAUGGGGCAGAUAUUAAUAUCAUUCAAAAGCAAUGUGGGAACAGUAGAAAAUAAGAGAGAGUACACCCUGAGAAAAGGUAUUGGUUAUGGAGUACACCAAAGCAGAGUG